AGGCAGCAGGUUAGGCAGUGAGAAGUUAGUGGCGCUGCUGGGACGGGGUGGGGGGGCAAGGAGACGCUUCUUCCUCCUGCUUUGCUCCUCACCUUCCCGGGAUCAGGCGCGGCGGUGGCCGCGAGUGGUUCGGCGGCGUCUCCGGCUCUGCGUGAGAACCAUGCUGACGGACAGCGGGGGCGGCGGCACCUCCUUUGAGGAGGAUCUGGACUCGGUAGCUCCGCGAUCCGCCCCAGCCGGGGCCUCGGAGCCGCCUCCGCCGGGAGGGGUCGGGCUGGGGAUCCGCACCGUGAGGCUCUUUGGGGAGGCUGGGCCCGCUCCGGGAGUCGGCGGCGGCGGCGGCGGCGGCGGCGGCGCGGGCGGAGGGGACGGCGCGCUGGAUUUCAAGUUAGCGGCUGCCGUGCUGAGGACGGGCGGCGGAGGUGGUGCCUCGGGGAGCGACGAGGACGAGGUGUCCGAGGUUGAAUCAUUUAUUUUGGACCAAGAAGAUUUGGAUAACCCAGUCCUUAAAACAUCAGAGAUAUUCUUAUCAGGUCCAGCAGAAGGAGCAGACUUGCGCACAGUGGAUCCAGAGACCCAGGCGAGACUGGAAGCAUUGCUAGAAGCAGCGGGAAUUGGCAAAUUGUCAACUGCGGAUGGUAAAGCUUUUGCAGACCCUGAAGUGCUCCGGAGACUGACGUCCUCAGUUAGCUGUGCGCUGGACGAAGCUGCUGCUGCACUGACACGGAUGAGAGCGGAAAACACACACAGUACAGGACAAGCAGAUACUCGCAGUCUGGCAGAAGCUUGUUCAGAUGGAGAUGUGAAUGCUGUUCGUAAAUUGCUAGAUGAAGGCAGAAGUGUAAAUGAACAUACAGAAGAAGGAGAAAGCCUGCUGUGUUUGGCUUGUUCAGCAGGAUAUUAUGAACUAGCACAAGUACUGCUAGCUAUGCAUGCUAAUGUUGAAGAUCGAGGGAAUAAAGGCGAUAUAACUCCUCUGAUGGCAGCUUCCAGUGGAGGUUAUUUAGAUAUUGUGAAAUUAUUACUUCUUCAUGAUGCAGAUGUCAACUCCCAGUCAGCAACAGGAAACACUGCAUUAACUUAUGCUUGUGCUGGAGGAUUUAUUGACAUUGUAAAAGUACUUCUUAAUGAGGGUGCAAAUAUAGAAGACCAUAAUGAAAAUGGACAUACUCCCCUAAUGGAAGCAGCCAGUGCAGGUCAUGUGGAAGUUGCCAGAGUUCUUCUAGAACACGGUGCAGGCAUCAACACUCAUUCUAAUGAGUUCAAAGAAAGUGCUCUGACGCUUGCCUGCUACAAAGGCCAUUUGGAUAUGGUUCGAUUUCUGCUUGAAGCUGGUGCAGAUCAAGAGCACAAAACUGAUGAGAUGCACACUGCCUUAAUGGAGGCUUGCAUGGAUGGCCAUGUAGAAGUGGCACGUUUGCUUUUGGACAGUGGUGCUCAAGUGAAUAUGCCUGCGGAUUCCUUUGAGUCUCCGUUGACUCUAGCCGCCUGUGGUGGACAUGUUGAAUUGGCAGCACUGCUUAUUGAAAGAGGAGCAAAUCUUGAAGAAGUUAAUGACGAAGGAUAUACACCCUUGAUGGAGGCUGCUCGAGAAGGGCAUGAGGAGAUGGUGGCACUGUUGUUGGCACAAGGUGCAAAUAUAAAUGCCCAGACAGAAGAAACCCAAGAGACUGCUCUUACGUUGGCUUGCUGUGGAGGCUUCUCUGAGGUUGCAGAUUUCCUGAUUAAGGCUGGGGCUGACAUAGAACUUGGCUGCUCCACACCUCUCAUGGAGGCGUCUCAGGAGGGACACCUGGAGUUGGUUAAAUAUUUGCUGGCUGCUGGUGCUAAUGUACAUGCUACCACAGCAACAGGAGACACAGCUCUAACCUAUGCUUGUGAAAAUGGACAUACAGAUGUUGCAGAUGUUUUACUUCAAGCAGGGGCCCAUUUAGAACAUGAAUCUGAAGGUGGAAGAACACCUUUGAUGAAAGCUGCAAGAGCUGGUCAUUUGUGCACUGUUCAGUUUCUUAUUAGCAAAGGUGCCAAUGUGAAUAGGGCUACAGCCAAUAAUGAUCACACGGUAGUGUCACUAGCCUGUGCAGGAGGCCACUUGGCAGUGGUUGAACUACUGUUGGCUCAUGGAGCUGACCCUACUCAUCGACUCAAGGAUGGAUCAACAAUGCUGAUUGAGGCUGCGAAAGGUGGCCACACUGAUGUCGUUUCGUAUCUGUUGGAUUAUCCCAACAAUGUUCUCCCGGUUCCUGCCGCGGAUGUGUCUCAGCUCACCUCUCCGCCGCAAGAUGAGUCUCAGGUUCCACGUGUACCCGUACACACACUUGCCAUGGUUGUGCCUCCCCAGGAACCCGACAGAACCUCCCAGGAAACGUCUCCUGCCCUUUUAGGAGUGCAGAAAGGUGCAUCCAAGCAGAAGUCCAGUUCUCUGCAGGUAGCAGACCAGGACCUACUGCCACCUUUUCACCCAUACCAGCCUUUGGAGUGCAUAGUAGAAGAGACUGAGGGCAAGCUGAAUGAGCUGGGACAAAGAAUUAGUGCCAUUGAGAAAGCCCAGCUUAAGUCUUUGGAGUUAAUUCAAGGUGAGCCUCUCAACAAGGAUAAGAUCGAAGAACUUAAAAAGAACAGAGAAGAACAAGUCCAGAAGAAGAAGAAAAUACUGAAAGAACUGCAGAAAGUGGAAAGGCAGUUACAGAUGAAAACACAGCAGCAAUUUACCAAAGAAUACUUGGAAACCAAAGGUCAGAGAGAUGCAGAGUCUCCACACCAGCAGUGCUCUCAUAGAGGAAUCUUCGUGGCAGGGGAAGAAGAUGGCCGUUUCCCAGAGGAUCACUCUUCAGAUUCGCCCCAGGUUGAUACAGUCUUACUUAAAGAUCAUGGUAUUGAUGAUAAGCAACAGUCUCCAGCAUCAGCUGAACAAAUUGACUCUGUCCCAGUCCAGCCUCUAUCAUCUCCACAAUGUAACUUUUCCAGUGACUUAGGUUCUAAUGGAACAAAUUCUCUUGUGCUUCAGAAAGUAUCAGGUAACCAGCAGAUUAUAGGACAGCCUCAGAUUGCGAUUGCUGGACAUGAGCAGGGGCUGUUAGUUCAAGAGCCAGAUGGACUCAUGGUUGCAACUCCAGCCCAGACGCUUACCGACACUCUUGAUGACCUGAUAGCAGCUGUGAGUACCAGAGUGCCUGUUGGCUCAAACAACCCCUCUCAGACCACAGAAUGUCCUACACCUGAAUCCUGUUCUCAGACUCCAAGCACUGUGGUUGCCCCAUCUAUGCCCCCUGUGUAUCCUUCAGUUGACAUCGAUGCACAUACUGAAAGCAAUCAUGACACAGCUUUAACCCUAGCCUGUGCAGGUGGUCAUGAAGAACUUGUGUCUGUUCUGAUUGCACGAGAUGCUAAAAUUGAGCACAGAGACAAAAAAGGUUUUACCCCACUGAUCCUGGCGGCAACAGCGGGGCAUGUUGGAGUUGUUGAAAUUCUUUUGGAUAAAGGUGGAGAUAUAGAGGCACAAUCUGAGCGAACUAAGGAUACUCCACUUUCUUUGGCGUGUUCUGGUGGACGUCAGGAGGUGGUAGAUUUGCUGCUUGCCCGAGGAGCCAAUAAGGAGCAUAGGAAUGUGUCUGAUUAUACACCACUGAGUCUGGCUGCAUCUGGAGGAUAUGUGAAUAUUAUUAAGAUUUUGCUUAAUGCUGGGGCAGAAAUUAAUUCAAGGACUGGGAGUAAACUAGGUAUUUCUCCAUUGAUGUUGGCUGCAAUGAAUGGACAUGUUCCCGCAGUGAAAUUGCUGCUUGAUAUGGGUUCAGACAUUAAUGCACAAAUAGAGACCAACCGGAACACAGCUCUCACCCUGGCCUGUUUCCAGGGUCGAGCAGAAGUAGUGAGUUUGCUCUUGGACCGCAAAGCCAAUGUUGAACAUAGGGCAAAGACUGGUCUUACCCCCUUGAUGGAGGCGGCUUCUGGAGGAUAUGCCGAGGUUGGAAGAGUUCUCCUUGAUAAAGGAGCAGAUGUGAAUGCUCCUCCUGUGCCUUCCUCAAGAGACACAGCUUUGACAAUAGCCGCAGACAAAGGCCACUACAAAUUCUGUGAGCUCCUCAUUAACAGGGGAGCUCAUAUUGAUGUUCGUAACAAGAAAGGAAACACACCACUUUGGCUGGCAUCCAAUGGUGGUCAUUUUGAUGUAGUACAGUUACUAGUGCAAGCAGGUGCUGAUGUGGAUGCAGCAGACAACCGAAAAAUCACACCUCUUAUGUCAGCAUUUCGCAAGGGUCAUGUAAAAGUUGUUCAGUAUUUGGUGAAGGAAGUCAAUCAGUUUCCAUCUGAUAUAGAAUGCAUGAGAUACAUAGCAACAAUUACAGAUAAGGAACUGCUGAAGAAGUGUCACCAAUGUGUUGAGACGAUUGUGAAGGCUAAAGACCAGCAGGCUGCAGAGGCAAAUAAAAAUGCAAGCAUUCUCCUAAAAGAGCUGGAUCUGGAAAAGUCAAGAGAAGAGAGCAGAAAGCAAGCUCUUGCAGCUAAAAGAGAGAAAAGAAAAGAAAAGAGAAAAAAGAAAAAAGAAGAGCAGAAAAGGAAACAGGAAGACGAGGGGAACAAACCUAAAGAGAAUUCAGAACAACCAGAGGGUGAAGAUGAAGAGGAGAAUGAUGAAGAUGUGGAACAAGAAAUUCCCAUAGAGCCUCCGAGUGCAACUACUACUACCACAAUUGGAAUCUCUGCUACAUCUGCCACCUUCACAAAUGUAUUUGGGAAAAAAAGAGCCAAUGUAGUGACAACCCCCAGCACUAAUCGGAAAAAUAAGAAGAAUAAGACAAAAGAGUCCCCUCCCACAGCACAUUUAAUUUUAUCUGAACCAAAUAUAUCUUUAGCACAACAAAAAGCAGAUAAAAAUAAAAUAAAUGGAGAACCCAGAGGUGGUGGUACAGGUGGGAACAGUGAUUCGGAUAACUUAGAUAGCACAGACUGCAACAGUGAGAGUAGUAGUGGUGGUAAGAGCCAAGAAUUAAAUUUCACCAUGGAUGUGAAUUCCACCAGUGACAGGAGGUGCCCCACAGUUCUCAAUUCUCAAGAAGAAAAGACAGUUACUGCCACUUCCAAGACUCAGACACGCCUUGAAGGUGAAACAAAUGCAAAUUCCAUGUCAACAAGCUACAAGUCAUUGCCAUUAAGUUCUCCAACCAUGAAGCUGAAUCUCACUAGUCCUAAAAGGUGUCAAAAGAGAGAAGAAGGGUGGAAAGAAGUUGUUAGAAGGUCAAAGAAAUUGUCUGUUCCAGCCUCAGUGGUAUCCAGAAUAAUGGGAAGAGGAGGAUGCAACAUUACAGCAAUACAAGAUGUUACUGGUGCCCAUAUUGAUGUAGAUAAACAAAAAGAUAAGAAUGGAGAGAGAAUGAUUACAAUAAGGGGUGGUACAGAAUCAACAAGGCACGCAGUCCAACUUAUCAACGCACUUAUUCAAGAUCCUGCAAAGGAACUAGAAGAUUUGAUUCCUAAAAACCAUAUCAGGACGCCUGCCAGCACCAAGUCCAUUCAUACAAACUUCUCAUCUGGAGUAGGCACCACAACAACUUCCAGCAAGAAUGCAUUUCCCUUGGGUGCUCCUGCUCUUGUAACAUCACAGGCAACAACAUUAUCUACGUUCCCGCCCACUAAUAAACUUAGUAAGAAUGUGCCAACAAAUGUACGAUCUCCUUUCCCAGUGUCGCUUCCCUUAGCUUAUCCUCAUCCUCAUUUGGCUCUGCUGGCUGCUCAAACUAUGCAACAGAUUCGGCAUCCUCGCUUACCCAUGGCCCAGUUUGGAGGAACCUUCUCACCUUCACCUAAUACCUGGGGACCAUUCCCAGUGAGACCUGUGAAUCCUGGCAAUGCAAAUAGUUCUCCAAAGCAUAGUAGUAAUACAGCCCGUCUACCUAACCAGAAUGGACCUGUUUUACCGUCUGAAUCUCCUGGACUAGCUACUGCUGGUUGUCCUAUCACUGUCUCUUCUGUAGCUGCUGCCAGUCAGCAGCUAUGUAUGACUAAUACCCGGACUCCUUCCUCAGUCAGAAAGCAGUUGUUUGCUUGUGCACCUAAGACCAGUCCUCCAGCAACAGUGAUUUCCUCUGUGACAAGCACUAGUAGUUCCUUGCCUUCUGUCUCCUCCAUAUCUACCACUAGUGGACAAGUUACCACCACAUUUAUGCCUACAACUACUCCUCAAGUCCAACUUUGUUCACAAAAAGUAGACUCUUUUUCUGUCAUACCUCCUCCCAAAGAGAAAGUGUCCACACAAGACCAGCCCUUGACAAAUCUAUGUACACCAUCUCCAACUGCAAACAGCUGUAAUAGCUCUGCCAGCAACACCUCAGGAGCUUCAGAAACUCGCCCAUCCAGUAGUUCUACUCCCCCCUCCAGUAAUAUACAAGAAGAGGGACAGCCAUCCAAUGUGUCUGAUUUAAAUCCUGUGUCAAUGCCUUUUGCCUCUAAUGCAGAACCUGCUCCAUUGACUUUGGCAUCACCCAGAUUGGUUGCUGCUGAUAAUCAGGACACUGGCAAUUUACCUCAAUUAGCUGUACCAGCACCUCGAGUUUCUCAUCGAAUGCAGCCCAGAGGUUCUUUUUACUCAGUGGUACCAAAUGCAACUAUACACCAGGAUCCCCAGUCAAUUUUUGUUACCAAUCCAGUUUCUUUAACACCACCUCAAGGCCCACCAGCUGCAGUGCAGCUUUCAUCAGCUGUGAACAUUAUGAGUGGUUCUCAGAUGCACAUAAACCCAGCAAACAAGUCUUUGCAGCCUCCAUUUGGCCCAGCCACACUUUUUAAUCACUUCAGUAGUCUUUUUGAUAGCAGUCAGGUGCCAGCUAACCAAGGGUGGGGAGAUGGUCCACUACCUUCGAGAGUUGCUGCAGAUGCCUCUUUCACCGUUCAGUCAGCUUUCCUGAGUAACUCUGUACUUGGACACUUGGAAAAUGUGCACCCUGACAACUCCAAGGCACCUGGCUUCAGACCGCCUUCACAGAGAGUUUCUAGUAGUCCAGUUGGGUUGCCAUCUAUUGACCCAUCAGGCAGUUCCCCAUCUGCUGCGGCUCCUUUGACAAGUUUCUCUGGCAUACCAGGGACAAGGGUUUUCCUGCAAGGGCCAGCACCUGUCGGGACUCCUAGUUUCAACAGACAACAUUUUUCUCCCCAUCCUUGGACAAGUGCCUCAAACACAUGUGACUCUCCUAUUCCAUCUGUUUCUUCGGGAUCAUCUUCACCUCUUUCAGCCACUUCUGCACCUCCAACAUUGGGCCAACAACCAAAAGGAAACAGUGCCAGUCAGGAUCGAAAGAUACCUCCUCCUAUUGGAACAGAGAGGCUGGCCAGGAUUCGGCAAGGAGGAUCUGUUACACAAGCCCCUGUAGGGACCAGUUUUGUUGCUCCUGUUGGACACAGUGGGAUCUGGUCAUUUGGUGUUAAUGCUAUGUCAGAAGGCUUAUCAGGUUGGUCACAAUCUGUUAUAGGGAACCAUCCAAUGCAUCAACAAUUAUCAGAUCCAAGCACAUUUUCCCAGCAUCAACCAAUGGAGAGAGAUGAUUCUGGAAUGGUAGCUCCCUCUAACAUUUUUCACCAGCCGAUGGGCCUGCCGAUCUCCAUGUAUGGAGGCACCAUUAUCCCCUCUCACCCUCAGCUUGCUGAUGUGUCAGGUGGCCCACUGUUCAAUGGACUUCAUAACCCAGAUCCUGCCUGGAACCCUAUGAUAAAAGUUAUCCAGAAUUCAACUGAAUGCACUGAUGCCCAGCAGGCCAGUGUGCUUUCUUCAGUCCCUGCUCUCAAGGGGGAAGUUCCAUCACCUCAACUAAUGAGACCAAAGAAGAGAAUUGGACAGCCAGGGGUGGCCUCUUCUAACCAGAGGGGGAUGGAGAGAGUACUCAGCAGUUAAGAGCACUGACUGUUCUUCCAGAGGACGCUGGUUCACCACAUGGCAGCUCACAACUGUCUGUAACGCCGAGCUGACACCCUCACACCGAAACACAUGCAGACUAAACACCGAUGCACAUAAAAUUUAAAAAAGAAAUAAAUUAUUUUAAAAAAUAAAAAGAAAGAAAACCUAGAAUUUGUUUGGGUUUUGUUCUCAUUUUGGCACUGCUGGGGAUCAAACCGGAACCUUGAGCGUACCACACAAGCACUCUACCAGCUGAGCUACUUCUUCAGCCCCUUUAGUUUUUCUGUUGUUUGCCUCACUAUGUGGACCAGGCUGGUCUCAAACUUGGGAUCUGCCUGCUUCUGCCUUCCCAGUGCUGGGGGGAGCAAAGAAGCAUGGCGCCACAUACAUCCCGCCCCUGGAGUUCUAUUUCUCAGUCUAUUUUGGUGAAUCACUUUAUUAUUAAAUAUUGGUGUGCUAUACAUUUUCUUGUUCUGCACCUUCUCAGAUGAUGCCAUCCCAUACUCUUGUAUUUCAUUUUAUUCCUAUCUAGACACAGUUUUCCCCUUGAACUUCCAGUUAUUUCAGCUCCUUACUCUAUUUUGUUACUCUGCACACAGUAUUCAUUCCUAAAUGUAAGACAUGCCCCUUUUUGUUUUCCCUUUUACAGUUACAGCUACCAAGACUCUCAAGCCAGGAGAUUCGAAGUUAGCUUAUCUCCAUUUUCCUUAGCCUGCCCUUGACCAGAUUACUUUAUCCUUCACCUUUAAAUUUUCAUUACAUUUAUUGGGGGGAGGGGUACGUGCAUGUCACCAUGCCUACAUAGAGAUUAGAGGACUGCUUGCAAGAAUUGGAUCUCUCCUUCCACUUAUAAAAGUUCCAAGGAUCGAACUUAUAUCAUCAGGCUUGACAGCAAGUGUCUUAGUUUGCUGAGCUAUCUCACUAGCCGAUACUUUGUCCUUCUGUGUAUCUGAAUUUCAUCCAUUUCUCUGUCUACAUUGCCACCGCCCAAUGAACUCAUCUUCAGUAUCACCAUCCUCCAUGCCCCCACUCUUAGCUACUUUCUCACUUUGCUUAAAAGUGAAAUUGUCAUUGGGUAGUGGUGGUGCAUACUGUGAUCCCAGCACUCAGGAGGCAGAGGCAGACAAACUCUCUGAGAGUUUGAGGUCAUCCUGGUCUACAGGAUAGCCACGGCUAAAACAGAAAAACCCUAUCUCAAAGAAACAAACAAAAGUGAAAUUGUCAGACAAUUACCCAGUCUGCUUAGACAUGCACCACUUUUUAAGAGACUCCAAUAUACCUUUUAAAGAAUAAUAAAAAUAAAUGUACACUUGUUACCUGAAAUGUGAUUCUGAAAACCUGCAGUUUCUGCAAUAACAGGAAUUGCCUGUCAUAUCACUGUGCUUAAGUAUUUUUUAAAAUUCAAUCUCAGCCAGGCUUGGUGGUGCAUUCCUUUAAGACCAGCACCCUUAGCAUGGUGGCACAUGCCUGUAGUCCCAGUACUGGGGGAGGCAGAAGCAGUAGGAUCUCUGUGAGUUCAAGGUUAGCCUGGUCUACAACACCUGGUCUAGGACACCCAAGGCUACACAGAGAAACCCUGUCUUGAAACAACAACAAAAAAGACCAGCAUCCUUAGAGGCAUAUAGAUCGCUGAGUUCAAAGCCAGUCUGGUCUAUAUACCAAGUUCCAGGACAGUUAGGACUGUAAGAUCCUGUCUAAAAAAUAAGAAUUUAAAAAAUUAAAUCUACUCUCUAACAAGCCUAUCUUUGAUGUUCCUUUCCAGAGCGCUAACUAGCUAAGCUUCCUCAUCCUCACCACGCCCUUAGUUAGCUGUGUCUGAUCAAAGGGCUGGCCUCUCUUGACUACAGCCUUCCCCUCCUCCAUUCCCUAGUUUACUGAACCUUAAGUGACAGUCACAAAGCCUCUGACCUUCCUGUUGUGCUCAAGGGCAGACCAUCUAAUGGCACUGUGACCAAAUUGCUAUCAGAGGCACCACAAAGCUAAGCUGAAGUCACUCAAGAGGGAGCCUGUCUUCCCCUCCUACAAGCUCUGAGGGCAUACUUUUACCAAAAAGCAUGGUUAAUAGUAAUGCUAUAUUACUCCUCACAACAUCCAGGUAUAACUAGUAAAUAAAUAAAUAAACUCAACAUCUCUCCGGUCUGUGCAGAUCCUGAGAGUUCCCUGGGCGGGUGGGCGGAGCCCUCAGGUUAAGGGGGCGGAGCCUUCAAGUUAAGUGACGGGCCAAUGGCCCUCCCCGGGUGUGACGUGCCCUAGUGUUGCCUCCUGCCACGCGCUACUGCUUAUAUCCCAGAAUUGUUUUCCGCGCUUUCAAGGCACCUGUUGUUA